AUGUCCACCACCGGCGACGUGGAGGUGGAAAUGCACGAGGAAGACCAGGAAGGCGGCGGCAGGAGGUGCGCGGCGUGCAAGUACCUGCGCCGGCGGUGCGCCCACGACUGCGUGCUCGCCCCCUACUUCCCGGCGUCGCACCCCCACCGCUACGCCUCCGUCCACCGGGUCUUCGGCGCCAGCAACGUCGCGAGGUUGCUCCAGAGCUUGCCGGUGGACGAGAGAGCUCAGGCGGCGGAGACGAUGGCGAUGGAGGCGCAGUGGCGGGUGGAGGACCCGGUGUAUGGAUGCACCGGGAUCAUCAGCCAGCUGCAGGAGGAGAUUCAGGCCACGCAGUGCGAGCUCGCCAGGACGCGGGCGCAGCUCGCCAUCGUCCCCGCGCACGGUGCGCAGCUGCAGGGUUCCACGGUUGCUCUUCCGCCGCCGCCGCCGCCGCCGCAGCGUGACGACGGCCACCGCGUCCCAAUCUCGCAGAUGCAAGGGCUGGGAGAGGCGGUGCCGUUGCUUGACCCGGACGAGUUCCUAGAUUUCGACGGGAUUUGAGCUCUGAUCGAUCAAGCGCGUACGUGCAUGCGAUGCAGGCUGGGGAAAUGUCAGGGCGAACGAUGGUGGCAUUGGGCU